UGGCCGCUGUGACGCCAUGUCGAAAGUUAUGAGCGCAAUGUGAAGAAAGGAAAAUAUCCUGAUGCAAGGCCGGUUUGGGCCGCAAAUGACUCUUGUACAUAUCAUCUGUAUAGUAAGCGAGACUAUUGGAAAGAGAAAGCUUCAAAGGGAUUUGGGGCUUUCGCAAGCUGAUUAAUGGAAUAAUAUGAAUCUUGACUCGUUAUCAUUUGCCUUGGCAGAAAUAAGCUAUUCAGUGUCCAAUUUAACAAAGAAGAAUUUCAAAUCGAGCGUUGGAGAAAUAAGUCAUCUUGUUCUGCAACACGGAGCUGAAGCAGAUAGGCAUUUAUUUCGGUGCCUUUUCUCUCAUGUAGACUUCAGCGGUGAUGGUAGAAGCAGCGGGAAAGACUUUCACCAGACACAGUUUUUGAUACAGGAGUUUGGUUCUCUGCUGAGCAAACCAAAUUUUGUGUCAACUUUGUGUUACGCCAUCGAUAAUCCAUUACACCAUCAAAAGUGUUUACGUCCAUCAGUACACCUCUUCCCACAAAUCAGUCGGGUCCUGAAGCUGACUCGUGUACAGGAAGUUGUGUUUGGAUUAGCAUUGAUAAACUCUUCGAGUCCUGAGACUCGUCCUCACGCCAUACAAUUUGUCAAACAGAAGUUGCCAGAUCUCAUCAGAUCUUAUGUUGAUGCAGUAGACUCAGGAUUGCGUCAGGAAGGCGGUUUGCAGGACGUGGACGUUGAGAUACUCCACCUUCUGCUUAACCAAAUCCAGAGCAACAAGGACAACUUUGGACUUGGUGCGGAACAAAGGGAAGCUUUCUAUAGGACACUCAGAAAAGAUUUUCCUCACAAUCGUGUUCCGGUCAUAUUAGGACCGUUGCUUUAUCCUGAGUCAGAAGACCUUGCAAUAUCAAAGCUCUCGGAUACAACAAACAUGCCGAAAUCUGUGCUGGAUGCAUCUUUGGCAGACAUGGUUCUGGAGGCUGGAUACAGCUGUACAAUAAGUGUUGAAGAAUGUCGUGGAAAGCUCCUUCAGUUCGGUAUCAGGGAGAUAACGCCAGCAUCUGUGGCAAAAGUGUUGGGAAUGAUGGCAAGAACACCAUCAGGGUUAUCAGAAGCAGGACACAACCAGGCUCAGAUGAAUGCUGCACCAGGCAGUGGCUGGCCUGACAUGGGAGAGAAGGCAGACAAGCUCGGUGUUAACACUUGGAAUGUGGAAGUGUUCGUCAGCGUCAUUCAGGAUCUGGCUCCCCACUUCAACUGGAGAGACGUAGUUCUACAACUUGACCACUCAGGCUUCAUGGUGGCCAACAAGAAAGGGCUGCGACUACUGGUGCAGGGGCUGAUCCGAGGACUGCAAGAAGUGUUUCCUGUCGAGUUUGUGUAUCGACCAUGGAAAAACACAGAGGGACAGUUAUCAUUCAUCAAGCAAGCAUUGCGUAACCCAGAUGUGUUCUGUUUCGGAGAUUACCCUUGUCACACAGUAGUCAUAGAUAUCCUGAAGGCUGCUCCAGAUGAUGAGAAUCGCGAUAUCGGAACAUGGAAAUCACUUGACCUUGUGGAAACCUUGCUGCGUCUAUCUGAGGCAGGAUAUUACCAGCAAGUGUCAGAACUCUUCAAGUUCCCCAUCCAGAACUGUCCCGACAUGCUUGUACUCGCUCUGCUGCAAAUUACGCCAACAUGGAACACCCUGAAACAGGAGCUGAUAUCCACGCUGAUGCCAAUCUUCUUAGGAAAUCAUCCAAACUCAGCAGUGGUUCUACAUUAUGCUUGGCACUGCCAGGGCCACUCCAGCACCAUCCGAACCCUGAUCAUGCACUCAAUGGCAGAAUGGUACAUGCGUGGAGAACAACAUGAUCAGACACGCCUCUCCAGGAUACUGGAUGUUGCACAAGAUCUCAAGGCUCUGUCAAUGCUGCUGAAUGCUACACCAUUCGCCUUUGUAAUUGACUUGGCUUGUCUGGCUUCACGACGUGAAUAUCUUAAGUUGGACAAAUGGCUGUCUGACAAAAUCAGAGAACAUGGGGAGCCAUUCAUACAGACAUCAGUGAACUUCUUGAAGCGACGCUGUCCACAGCUGAUGGGUGGUCCUGCCAAAGAUGAACAGCUGCCACAGGCUAAGAGCCAGAUGUUGCCCACGGAUACCAUAGCCACUAUGUUGUCAUGUUUACAGCAUUGUGCCAGCCAAGUGUCCCAAGAGUUAUCUGAGGCCAUUCUGACUAUGGUGGCCAAUGCCAGUAUGAUCCUGAACAAAGCCAGACAAGCUCCACCGGUACCAAAAACCAACCUACCACCAACUCUGCUUAACCAACCAACCACACAGUCGAACCUGCUGGACAGUUUGGACAAUGCAAACACACUAGGAAUUCCUAAAUCAUGGGGUAUGUCGGCAGUGAACUCGGGCUUCCCUCAGAACCUCACCUCUCUCAGCACCACAGCCACACCCGGAUCUCCGGCCAAGGGAGCUGGCUUCCAACCUAUCUCGCAACCCAGUGGUUUCGGGGCCAUGCAGAACAUCACAAAUCAGCUACAAAGUCUAUCCAUGUCCAACCCCAUGGGAGUACCACCCAGGAAUCCAGGUGUAAACACGUUAGGAACUAUAAGUUCCCAGGCAGUGAUCAAACAACAACAACAGCAACAAGUUCAGCAGCAGCAACAACAACAACAGCAGCAACAGCAGCAGCAGCAACAACAACAACAACAGCAGCAGCAGCAGCAGCAGCAACAACAACAACAGCAGCUACGUGCUGGAGGAAUGUCCCAGGUUAGUGGUGAAAUGUCAACCAUUUUCCCCGACAUGUCGCAGCAAUUCACACGGGAGGUGGAGGAUGAGGCUAACUCGUAUUUCCAGAGGAUCUACAAUCAGCAUCCACACCCCACUAUGUCUAUUGAUGACGUGCUGGACAUGCUGAAACGCUUCAAGGACUCGCCUAACAGGAGAGAGAAGGAUGUGUAUGAGUGUAUGCUACGUAAUUUAUUUGAAGAGUACAGAUUCUUCCCCCAGUAUCCAGAGAGAGAGCUUCAUAUUACUGCAGUGUUGUUUGGAGGAAUCAUUGAAAAGGGACUAGCAACUUACAUGGCACUUGGUAUUGCCCUGCGGUACGUGUUGGAGGCCUUAAAGAAGCAGCUCAAUUCUAAAAUGUACUACUUUGGAAUUGCUGCUCUUGAUCGCUUCAAAACAAGGUUGAAGGACUAUCCCCAGUAUUGUCAACAUCUGGCUGCCAUUCCCCAUUUCCAGCAGUUUCCACAACAUCUUAUUGAGUUUGUGGAAUAUGGGGCAAGAUCACAAGAACCUCCAGUUAUGCCUUCCAUAUCACGAACUUUGACCCCAACAGCAGUUGGUGGGGUGUCAUUUACAGGGACAGCACCCACAGUGACUCCUACCCCGACAAGUGCUGCGGUGACAUCUGUGGAAGGGCCAAUACCACCGGUGCUAACCCCUGCUGCGGCCCCAGCCCCCUCCCCUGCUGCUGUCACCACAACAACCACGGCCACAACAACAGUUGUUAGCACAGGGACCACGAAACCCAGCAGCUUACCUAAGCCGUCCAUCGCGAGUGCUACAAACAUCGACACCCUCCUGGCAGGUCAGGGUAAUGAGGAAUCCUCGAUACCACCAGAAUCUGUUCAGGACAAAGUCUUCUUCAUUUUCAACAACCUGUCAUUGGCCAAUAUGAACCAGAAGGCGGAGGAGUUACGGAAGGAGAUCACAGAGGAUUACUACGCCUGGUCUGCCCAAUACCUGGUGAUGAAGAGAGCCAGCAUUGAACCCAAUUUUCACACCCUGUAUGCCAACUUCCUAGAUGCACUGCAGAUCCCUGACAUCACUCAAAUGGUCAUUAGGGAGACAUUUAGGAACAUCAAGGUUUUGUUACGAAGUGACAAAGGUGAUGCCAACUUCUCCGACAGAACUCUGCUGAAGAACCUUGGCCAUUGGCUUGGCAUGUUGACACUGGCCAAAAACAAGCCCAUUCUGCAGAUAGACAUAGAUCUGAAGGCUCUGUUGUAUGAGGCCUACCACAAAGGAGCCAGAGAAUUACUGUAUGUUGUACCUUUCACAGCCAAGGUGCUGGAGUCGUGUGCCAAGAGCAAGGUGUUCCGGCCACCAAAUCCAUGGACGAUUGGAAUAAUGAAUGUUCUAGCAGAACUUCACCAGGAGCCGGAUCUGAAACUCAACCUUAAGUUUGAGAUAGAAGUGCUAUGUAAAACAUUGACACUGGAUCUUAAUGAGUUGAACCCUAGUACAUAUCUGAAGGACACCUCCCGUAUAUCUACAACUGAGCCCCAGUUGUCCAACAUGGUUAAGAACCUGCCUCCUCCACCCAUGCCCACUCCACAGCCUGAGCAGCCCUUAGUGCAGCUCACAGCUCCAGUUCCCACGCCUCCAGUUUCUACAACAUCAGUCACCUCCACUGUCACCACUACAACGCCUAACAUGCCACCCAGGCCACAGUUUGCUUUUGAUGAAAUUGUGACUGCAAAUCUCAACAGUAUUGGAGCUCACAUUGUGACAAGCGAUCAGAUUCCAUUAUUCCAAGGAAACCCGAAUCUUAAACAGAUGGUGAAGAUGGCAUUAGAAAAGUCCAUCCAGGAGCUUCUCCCUCCUGUAGUAGAACGUACCAUAAAGAUCACUCUACAGACAUGUGAACAGAUCAUCAAGAAGGACUUUGCCCUUGAUCCUGAGGAGAACCGAAUGCGAGCAGCAGCCCACCACAUGGUACGCAAUAUGACAGCUGGUCUGGCCCUGAUUACAUCACGAGAACCCCUCUACCUCAGUAUCAACAACAAUCUCAAGAGUGCCUUCAUGGCCACGCUCAGAAUAAAUGAGGGUGCUACCUCGGCACAGAAGGAGAUGAUAGAACAGGCAGCCCAACUUGUGGCACAGGAAAACACAGAACUAGCCUGUGUUUUUAUACAGAAAACAGCAGUGGAGAAGGCAAUACCUGAAAUAGACAAGCGACUAGCCACAGAGUUUGAUCUCCGCAAGCAUGCAAGGUCAGAGGGUCGAAGGUACUGUGACCCUGUCAUUCUGACCUACCAGGCUGAACGUAUGCCAGAACAAAUCCGACUCAAGGUUGGUGGUGUGACUGCUGGACAGAUCGCUGUGUAUGAAGAAUUUGCCCAGAACAUCCCAGGUUUUCAGCCUACAAACGAUCCAUCGCUUCCUCCUGGAGUACCAAAACCAGUACCAACAUAUUCCAUUGAUGACCUGACCCAGAUCCUGGACCGUAUCCGACAGGACAUGGAGCAGUAUAUGCAGCAGUUGAUGGGGAUACCCACCAGUAACCCACUGAUGGUACAACUACACAGCCUGUUGGAGGCUGUCCUGCUGGCCCGUAACAAUCGAGAGGUGGUCACCUCUAUUGCCCUUCUACAGAAGGCAGUAGAAGGCUUGCUGGAUCACUACACCUUCUCACAACUGUCCAGCGACCAGGACCUAUUGGUGCGUUUCAGGAACUGUAACUUAAUGGUGCUGAAGAGUUUGCAGGAACAGAGGGCCUAUGGUCCUCAGUGGACCAAUAAACAGGUUACCAGAUGCCUGAUUGAGGUUGGAGGAGACAACAAGUACAAUGCUGAUGCAGUCGACUGUCUGAUACGGUCAGGCUUGGUCAGCAUGCAGCAGUACGACCUAUACCUGGUCCAACUCAUGGAGAACGGUCUCAACUAUGUAGGAGUUAUGUUUGCCAUGCAGCUGGUGCAGCGCUACUGUGUUGAUGAUAAGGCCAAUAGUCCUGUCACAGAGGUUGACUUUGCCAAUACCAUUGAGGCCCUGACACAGGUGAAUUCCCGUAACCAGAGGCCUCCUGAGGGGCUGGCCCAGAUGCUGGAAGGCCUACACCCCCCAGUGGACUUUGGCCUGUUGGAGCGUGCUAUAGGAGGACCCACCUCAAUGAUGCAGUCUGGAAUAUCCCAGGCAAGGGAACUAGAUGACCCACCAGGUCUCCAUGAAAAGACAGAGUUCCUGCUUAGGGAGUGGGUCAACAUGUAUCACUCUCCCGCUGCUGGCCGUGACAGUACCAAAGCUUUCACAGCAUUUGUGCAACAGAUGCACCAACAGGGAAUCCUCAAGACAGAUGAUCUCAUAACCCGGUUCUUCCGCCUCUGUACAGAGAUGUGUGUGGACCUGUGUUAUCGCGCUCUGGGCGAACAGUCUCAGAACCCCGCUCUAGUCCGCGCCAAGUGCUUUCAUACACUUGAUGCUUUUGUCAGACUCAUUGCCCUCCUCAUCAAACAUUCAGGUGACACUGCCAACACGGUCACCAAGAUCAACCUUCUCAAUAAGGUGUUGGGUAUCGUGGCUGGCGUUCUCCUUCAGGACCAUGCUGUCCGCCACUCAGAGUUUCAGCAGCUGCCAUAUCAUCGCAUCUUCAUCAUGCUCUUCAUCGAGCUGAAUGCUCCCGAACACAUCCUCGAGAACAUAAACUUCCAAGUGCUCACUGCAUUCUGCAACACAUUCCAUGUGCUAAGGCCAGCUAAAGCUCCAGGGUUUGCAUAUGCCUGGCUGGAGCUGCUCUCACACCGAGUGUUUAUUGGGCGAUUGCUGGCACUGACACCCCAACAAAAGGGCUGGGGAAUGUAUGCUCAGUUGCUGCUCGACUUGUUCAAGUUCUUGACCCCGUUCUUACGCAAUGCUGAGCUAACCAAGCCAACUCAACUCCUGUACAAGGGUACAUUGCGGGUCCUGUUAGUGCUACUCCAUGACUUUCCCGAGUUCCUGUGUGACUACCAUUAUGCCUUCUGUGAUGUCAUCCCACCCAACUGUAUUCAGAUGCGCAAUCUUAUUCUGAGUGCAUUUCCACGCAACAUGCGACUACCUGACCCUUUCACACCAAAUCUCAAGGUGGACAUGUUGGCCGACAUUGCACAUCCACCCCGCAUACUUACCAACUUUGCCAAGAUGAUUGAGCCAGCCUCUUUUAAAAAGGACUUGGACUCCUACCUGAAGACAAGGUCUCCGGUCACCUUCCUGUCUGACCUGCGCAGUAAUCUACAGCUGAAUGAGCCUGGUAUGAGGUACAACAUCCCACUAAUGAACGCGCUGGUGCUGUAUGUCGGAACCCAGUCCAUCCAACAUAUCCAUAGCAAGGGCCUCACUCCCAGUAUGUCCACCAUUGCACACUCCGCUCACAUGGAUAUCUUCCAGAACCUUGGUGUUGAUCUCGAUACAGAGGGUCGGUACCUGUUCCUGACGUCCAUCUCUAACCAGCUGCGAUACCCUAACAGCCACACAUACUACUUCAGCUGUACACUACUCUACCUGUUCGCCGAGGCCAACACAGAGGCCAUACAGGAACAAAUCACAAGGGUGCUUCUUGAACGGUUGAUCGUCAACAGGCCUCAUCCAUGGGGACUACUCAUUACAUUCAUUGAGCUCAUCAAAAAUCCUCAGUUCAAGUUCUGGAAUCAUGAAUUUGUUCAUUGUGCUCCAGAAAUAGAGAAGUUGUUUGAGUCAGUUGCCCGUUCAUGUAUGCAGCCUAAAUCAGGACAGAGUCUCAGAGAGACUGAAACAAACGAAAUUCACUGAUCUCCAUUGGUGUUGAAGGAACAAGACUUUUCCAGUCAAUAUUUUAUUUUUUGAAACAAGACAGCUUAUCAUUAUCGAGUCAGAUCAUGUGAUUUUGUUACGAGAAUUUGAAGCGGAAUUCUUCGAAAUAAUGUGUGAAUAAUAUAUGACGAUUUUUGCCAAGGCAAAUUACACUUGUGUUCAUAUGUCAGAGACAGACAUUUAUAUGAUAACGUCAACAAGUUUCAAUGGAAACCAGGCACUGAAUGGCCAUUGUUAUUAAUAAUGUGUGUAGAUUUUGUGAGUUAUGUAUAGAUGGCAAAGUUCUAAGAAGAAUGUUUGUUCCCUGUGAACCAGGAACUUGGAAUUAUUGUCUCUUGAAAUAAAACUUUAUUGCUUGCA